AUGCGCGAUUUAACUUUCCGUUGCUGUCAGCUUAUUCUUUAUAAAUCACAAAUCUAUGCUUGUUAUUUUUUAGACAUGGCACCUAAUAAACUGGAACCAUAUGCAGCACAAAUUAGUUCAAAUAUUUUCAAACUGACCAAUUCCUCACCAAUUCCAUUUGAAAUGACAUUGAUUUUCGGUUCAUUCAAUCAAGUGGCAUUACUUCGUUUCUUCGAACAACAUCAAACGUUAGGAGUUGAUAUCGCUCCAUUCGUAUUUGGGAUGCUCGGACAUGCCGCUAUGAUGCUUGAUGGAGUGGAAGUUUUCAAUCCUGAUGGCGCCGGUAGUAUUUCGUCGAUGAAUUUAUUUAUUCAUUUGAUUGGUGAACCAGGCACAAAUAAAUCUGGAUUAUUUCGAGUGUUCAACAAUAGCAUCAAUGCAUUGGAGAAAAUAUUUCCUUCAUUUUUCUCGAAACCUGUUGCCGAACUUAUCAACGGCAAAGAAGUACUAAGUACGGUUGAUUUAAUAGCAAACAACGAUACAGAACUAUCGUUAUUUCAACGACUCUCCAAACGAGAGAAUGUAUUUAUUUCAAGUGAUGAACUUGAUGUUAUUAAUACUCGAUUCGGAGUGUACCAAGCUGGUUCCACGGACAACGAUAUGAAAACAUUUGGUUCCAAACUUUUAUGUCAAAGUUAUGAUAUCAUGAAAAAUGUUUCUCGUACAACUGGAUCGUCGUCGUACUUCGUCAAACGUGGCUCCAUCAAUAUUUUUGGAGCAUCAACAGGAAGCAUGUUAUCAUCUGUAUGUCGACAGUAUAACAGUAAUGUUCAGUCCGAUGGUACCAUCAGUCGGUAUUUAUUCAUCACAACAUCUGUGUACAAGACUUCAAACGAUCUACCAUCUGAAAUUCUGUCUGUACAACCAAAUAUCGUACACGUUUUAAUUGUACUUCGCUUAUUGGCAGAACACAAGCCGAUAUUUGUAUUUGCUCAACAUCAAUCUCUAAUUAGUUCACCACAACCAAUUAUUGUUCCACCGGAUAUUGAAGAAGCAAGAAAAGUUGUCGUAAAUCCAAUUCCAACAUCUGAACCGAUAUCGAAUAUCAAGCCAAGUGUGAUUAUUGACGUUCAAGAAGUUAAUGUCGAGCAAGAUGGAUCUGUAAUAUCCCCGUAUAAUGCCAUUCGUCGUAUUAUUGAAGCUGAACAUCAAAAAUCGUUGCAAUGUGAUACGAAGGGCAAUCCGAUUUAUAUACCUUUACAGCGGGCAUUUCAACGAAAGAGCAGCAAUAAAUUAGCCCGUUUAGCUGGAUUGUGUCAAACGACGUCGUAUGCCAUUCGAUUAUGUUUUGAAUGUAUUAACAUAGUUCGAUUUGGUGAUGGCCUUUAUCUCAAGGAAUAUAUCGACGACGAACAAAUUAGCUGGCUAAUGAAGUUUCAUGACAAUGUCAAAGUACUGAUCGAACGAGAUGUUGCAAUGGCUCCAAAAUUUGGAAGUGAUCAACGUCCAUUAUUUAUUAUUGAAAAGCCAGCCGUACAUGCUUCAAAUAUGCUUUACCAAUAUACUUCAUCGACAAUUUCGGCUCUUUUCGACGGGACAUCAAUGACUAUCAAUGAAACAACCAAGAAUGACAAUAAAAUUUCGAUUUCCGACGAACCAUCAGCAGAUGCUUUCUAUGAACAUCAAUGUAUAUUGCUCCAAAUGACAUCACCAAUUCUUAUUAAGGCUUGGUUCAGCAAUGAGAUUAUGGGUCUUCCAUUCACCAAGAUCUUCAUCAAUUAUCGAAAAUCGAAGAAAAAAAUGUCCAAACUUGCUGAAGCUGUUGACGAAUUAGUUCGACACGGUAUUCUGAGAAGAGGCUUACAGAAUACUCGACACAUCGUUACCGCACGAAAAGAAACUUAUUUAAAAGCAUCACCAGCUACUAUUCGUGGCAAUGCCGACAUGCUUACUUACCUUGAAUCAAUUGGUGUCGAUAUCGGAACUUAUGAACAUGUAUACCUUUCAUCACCAUUACCAAUGAACAUGGAGUUAACUACAUUUGCCAUUAACUCUAUUCUAUUCAAUGAUGAUUACGUUGAAUAUUGCCAUUUAUUCAAUGAUACUCGUAUACAAAAAGAAAUGGAAGAUCGAUUAUCAAGACAUGUCGUGCAAUUCAGAAUGUCAUUAGGUCGAAAGCAAUACUAUGUGCCGUCGAUGUCUCAAACUGUUGAACAUCAUAAUUUCAAUGUUGAAAACAGUCAACCGUACGAUGCUGAUCAAACAUCAACUAAUAAUAAUGGUGAUGACGUAUUGGCAACUUUAAUUUUCGAAUCACAUCGACCAAUUAACAAUUCAUCGCCAAUCACGACAUCAGCUCGUUCUGAAAACUCUUCUGUUCUCUCUGAGAUUUUGAACCCAAACAUCACUACGGCACCACAAUACAACAGCUUUAUCGAUCAAACAACUGAAUCUGAUGAUCACCUUCGGCACGAAUUCUUACCAUCAGUUGACGAUAUUAUGAGGCGAUUAACAAACAUGCUCGAUUACGAGCCAUUAAAUAUCGAACAUCCAAAUCCAAUACCAAUGACAACGAACAAAAUUGAUGACGAUCGAGAGUCUAAUCAAAAUAAAUCAAAAGCAAAUCGACCGGUAUUACCAAAUAUUGAACUAUUACCCGGUAGUGUUAUCAACAACAACGAUACACUUUUACCUGCUGAAGCGACAGCAAAUGAUACGACCAUAUUGUUGAACAAUAUGAGUUCUCAACAAACAUUCGAAUUACUCUCUACUUUGCUUCCGAAUAAGAAACAUUUAUUAAAGAGAAUAUUGGAUGGAGAAAACAAUAAUGCUUCUCCGAAGCGAUCGAGAAAUAAUGAAAGUGAAGAAGUCAUGGCACCGUUCAUUGAUAUGAAUUUAAGUGGUACACUUUCAUCGGCAUCUGCUCCGACAGAAUCAAACACCGCCGAUAGCGGUAAUCAAGUUGGCGAUGAAGAUCUUCAACAAGCUUAUCACAAGAUAAUUCUAAGUGAUGCAAUCGUUAUGUCACGGUCGGAUGUUUGCAGCAAACUUAAACACAUUAAAAACAUUAACAAGUCACGUGACCAUGUACUUACCAACUUAGUUACCGAUGGAUUAUUAGUCAAAGGCAACUGGUUUGCCAGCAAGAAAGUAAAUGGUACUAUCGAGCUUCUGCCAGGCUUUCUGAAGACAUUUCCGAAAAACAAUCCGGAAGAUCAAGCUGAUUUUGCUCGCACGUUAGCGAAAUACAAGGUACAUUAUAAAGACUAUGAGGAAUCAUUCAAAAAGAACGAAGCCGAUGAUUUUCCUCGUACACUUACUGCUGCUGAUGUCAAACAUAAAACAUGGCUGUUUUCAAAUGUACUGGUCGACUUUAUUGGGAAGAAUGAUUUUCUUAACGAGCGUGUAAAACUUGAUCCAUCGGCAGUCAUUCAAGAGAAUAACACUCCGCCUAUGAGAGGCAAACGUGAUCGAAAACCAAAACAACGUUAUUCACCAUCGGAUGACAGGAAAUGA